AUGUCCAAUGAGUUGAACAACAUCAUCAGCCUGAAUUCCGACGGGGUUGAGGAAGGUGUGGCAAUUGGUGGUGACCGUUAUCCAGGCAGCACGUUUCUUGAUCACGUGCUUCGUUAUGAGGACAAUCCAGCGGUAAAAAUGAUUGUGAUUCUAGGAGAGGUUGGAGGCACAGAGGAGUACGCUGUGGCCGAGGCAGUGCGCUCCGGUCAGGUGCGUAAACCGGUGGUGGCCUGGUGUAUUGGUACCUGUGCACAACAACUGGCUCGAGCCACAGGGACUGAAGGGAUUCAGUUUGGUCACGCGGGAGCCUGUGCCAAUUCGGACAGGGAAACCGCUACAGCUAAGAACGCCGCCCUAGCUGCAGCAGGUAUUCACGUCCCCACCAGUUUCGAUGAUCUGGAUGUGCUGAUUCGCAAAAUCUACACGGACCUGGUCUCCUCCGGUAAAUUGAUCCCCAAACCCGAACGUAAACCACGUCCGGUCCCGAUUGAUUACGCAUGGGCCAAGGCUCGGGCACAAGACCAAUGUGCUUAUCCAUCCGGGUUCUUUGAAUGGGACAUAGAUAUUGCGCACCGCCGAUUUAAACUUCUUCCAGAGGCGAUGGUUUGUGCAACAAGGAAUUGGCCAAAUAAUCGUCGAAAGCAUCGUGGCUAUUCCAUGGCAUCGUCAAGAACCUAA